AUGAAGUCCGAGUCCGCCGAAGAGCUAAGCCGUGUCCAUCACGCCGUCACGGCCACCGUCAACGCACAGGAGAGCAUCGGUAGACCCAUCAAUUCUCAUGGGAUGGAUCUCCUCAAUCACUUGGUGAUCGAAUUGUUCGACUCGCGAACACGCCUCGAGUGGGAAUCGUCCACCAGCGAUUCUCCCGAUCCGCCGACUCACGAGGUACUCACGGAUUUUAUCAGUAAGAGGAUUCUUACCUUGAACGCCGCCAAACCCAAGAUCGCCGCGAAGAGUGCCGGGGAACCCUCUCGGACUUCCAGCGCGAAGUCUCACUUUGCGAAGAACGGGCCCGACGCGUCCAAAUGCGCCGCUUGCAAGGGCAAACACACACUGAUGCAGUGCCCCGAGUUUAAGUCCAAACCCGCGAGCGAAAGGAAGUCCUUCGUUGAGGUCAGCGGACUGCUUCAACUGUCUCGGGAACCACAUGAUGGCACGCUGUCGCAAGGAUCAGCCCAUCGCGCAGAGGAGGAUAUUCGGGCAACGUUCGGAUGGAUAUUGUCGGAAGGCUGCGGAGUCGUGACGUCGCAUGGCUCCCGCAGCUCCUUUCAGUGCACCGUAGACCGCGACCUGAACGCCCUAGUGCAGAGGUUCUGGGAGCAGGAACAGGAGCAGCCUGCCUCCGUCGUGCUCACGCCAGAGGAAGAGCAAUGCGAAGAGAUCUUCGCCCGCACGCAUGAGCGUCUCGCCGACGGAAGGUACAUGGUCCGUCUUCCGCUGGCUGGCCCUCUUCCACCUCUCGAACACACGCGGAAGUCCGCCGAGCGACUUCUCGCGGCAAUGGAGCGACACCGCUCCAGAGACGCCGGCUUCAACAAGCUCUAUGGCAGCUUCAUGGAGGAGUACUCGGACCUGCAGCAUAUGACCCUGGUCAGAACACCGCUCAUCAAGAAAUCCGCGUGUUACUUACCACACCACGGAGUGCUCCGGACUUCCAGCACGACCACCAAGUUGAGAGUGGUCUUCAACGGAUCUCAAUGUACGCCUGCCGGAGACUCACUCAACAACGCACUCCUGGUCGGAGCCAAUCUUCUGCCUACUCUCGCCGACGUCCUUCUGCGUUGGCGCUGGCACCGUUUCGCCUUCAUCGCCGACAUCGAGAAGAUGUACCGGCAGAUCCUGGUACAUCCCGACGAUCGAGACCUACAGCGGAUCCUUUGGAGACGGCAACGCACUGAUGACGUCCAGGAGUAUCGGCUCAACACGGUGACGUAUGGAUUGGCCUGUGCACCGUUCCUGGCGAUCAGGACUCUCCGUCAAUUGGCCGACGAUGAAGAGUCGACAAACCCCAAGGGCGCAGUCGCCUUGCGGCACGACUGCUACGUCGACGACAUCGUCACAGGCGCCAGCACACUCUCCGUAGCAGUCGAAAUCCAGAGGCAGUUGCGCCGGCUCUGCAUGGCGGGCGGGUUCCCCUUGAGGAAGUGGGCUUCCAACCACCAGAGCAUCCUCGAGGAGAUACCGAGGGAGCAUAAACUCCAGCAAUCACACCACGACUGGGAGGACGACGCUCAUUCGACGCUUGGUCUACGGUGGCACCCCCGCAGCGACUCCUUCACCUUCCGCCUCCAGCCUCGCACGACUGCCCCGCUGACAAAGAGACAGGCGUUGUCGGAGACAGCUCGAAUAUUCGAUCCACUAGGCUGGUUAGCUCCAGUCACCGCUCGUGCCAAAAUCCUCAUCCAGUCAGCCUGGAUGAAGCAGUUGGAUUGGGACGCCCCACUGCCUCAAUCAGAUGAGACGCUGUGGAGACGUCUGCUUGAGGAUCUCCCGCUGCUGGAGCAGCUCCGGCUGCAACGAUGGCUGAAGGCCGACAAUCAACCUAAUCACGUUGAGCUCCACGGGUUCGCUGACGCUUCAGAGCGAGGUUACGCAGCCGUCGUGUACCUCCGCGUGGUGAGCUCCUCCUCGACCACGAUCAGCCUGCUUGCUGCAAAAAGCAAAGUUGCACCCAUUAAGCCCGUGUCUCUACCGCGUUUGGAAUUGUGCGCUGCAGUCUUGGUCACUAACCUGACUUUUCAUCUUUGCGAAGCCUUAGGCUUGUUUUCAGCUCCAGUUACGCUAUGGUCGGACUCCCGGGUCGCUCUUCAGUGGAUACAAGGACACGCCUCGAAGUGGAAAACCUUCGUGGCCAACCGGGUGUCCCACAUCCAGACAAAACUUCCGGAGGCACGAUGGCGACACAUCCCAGGGCGAGACAACCCCGCCGAUUGCGCCUCUCGGGGGAUUGAGCCCCGGGACCUGCUCAACCACUCCCUCUGGUGGACGGGACCCCCAUGGCUCGCCAAGGAUCCAGCGGUCUGGCCACAGCACGGCCACGCCACACACGACGUCGAGGUGCCGGAGACGAGAGCAAUCGCCUCCCACUUGACGACCGCGGAGAAAGCCGAACCAGGGAUGCUUCUCAGGUUCUCCGACCUCCAUCGCCUCCUGAGAGUCACCGCCUGGUGUUGCCGAUGGCGAGGCAACCUACCGAGGUCGAAGGCUCACCUCAACCUCACGCCUGACGAGCUGGAAGAAGCCCUGCUCCGCUGGCUCCGUUUGGUGCAGGCCCUCCACUUCUCCAAGGAGAUCACAGCCCUGAAACAAAAUAAAGGGUUAAUCAAGGGUCCAAUAUCGAAAUUAACCCCCUUCCUCGACGGCCAUGGGAUCAUUCGAGUCGGGGGCCGGCAGAAGCAUGCUGUGCUCUCAGAAGACGAGCGCCACCCGAUCAUCUUACCUGCAGAGUCAUGGAUGACGCAACUCCUCGUCAAGGCGCAUCACAGACGAACUCUCCACGGCGGGGUCCAGCUCACUCUCGGCCUGCUCCGCCUACGGUAUUGGAUUCCUCGAGGUCGCUCCAUCGUCAAGAGGGUCAUCCACCGAUGCGUAACGUGUGCAAGAUGGAAGGCUGCAGUACCGCGGCCCAUGAUGAGCGACCUUCCGACGGCGCGAGUCGCUCCAGCACGUCCAUUCUUGCGGACUGGAGUCGACUACGCCGGACCAAUCCUGAUCCGAACCACCAAGGGGAGAGGACACAAAUCGCACAAAGGCUUCAUCGUGGUUUUCAUCUGCCUCACCACCAAGGCCGUACAUCUGGAAGCCGCAUCGGAUUAUUCCACGGACGCAUUCCUCGCUGCAUUCCGGCGCUUCACUUCCCGUCGAGGACUCUGCGAGGAAGUCUACUCGGAUUGCGGCACAAAUUUCGUUGGCGCAAACCGAGAACUACGACUCCUGUUCCAGGCGUCGUCAUCCGACGGCCGGCGCAUCGCCCACACAGCAGCGUCCAACGGAAUACGGUGGUUCAAUCCACCGGCGGCACCUCACUUCGGCGGGCUUUGGGAGGCAGCGGUGAAAUCCACCAAACACCACCUGCGAAGAGUGCUCGGAGACACGACCCUCACCUUCGAGGAAAUGUCCACAUUCCUCGCUCAGGUGGAGGCGUGCCUCAACUCUCGUCCACUUCAGGCACUGUCCGAUGACCACGACGACUUAACGGCGCUCACUCCGGGUCACUUUCUAAUCGGGGCUCCCUUGCUGGCAGUGCCCGAACCCUCACUGGCAGACGUCAACGUCAACCUCUUGUCCCGCUGGAAACUUCUCCAACGGAUGCGCGACCACUUCUGGGAAAGGUGGUCGCGGGAGUACAUCAACUCACUGGCUUCCCGACCAAAGUGGUUGAAGGACACAGCAAGUCCCACCGUCGGCGAUCUGUGUCUAGUGCGGUCGGACAUCACUCCACCAACCCGAUGGCCACUCGCUCGGAUCACCAAGCUGCACCCUGGGGAUGACGGCGUAACGCGCGUGGUCACUGUACGCACCGCAUCCUCGGAGCUUGUCCGGCCUCUCAUCAAGAUCAUCCUCCUGCCUGGAGCCGACACCGCAGCAUCAACGCACCCGGAUUCGUGA